AUGGAAAUAAACCCGGAAGAAGGAACCUUAUGCGAUACAACAAAUUCAGGGCUGGGCGCUUCAAUCGGUAUCGAACUUGGACCGAUAUCGGAAAAAUAUUACGACGAGGAGUACGUGGAGAGCAAUGACGUGAGGAGCGUAUUCCUCAACCUAAUCGCCGGACUGAUGGUUGAGAGGCCGGCCGAUUAUGUAACCUACAUCGAAAGUAAGUUGAAAGAGAUUCAGCACGAGAAAAACCUCGAGAAGAAACGAUUUGUAGUGCCACUGGUCGGCAAUAUCGACUUGGGACCAAUUCAAUGUAGAGAAAAGUCUAAGUCAGAAAAAAAUGAAAAAUUUGCGAAAGUGAUAAAAAGAGCAAACGGAUUCAAGUUCGCCGAUGCAUUCCAUCCGUCCAUGAGUCCCAUCAAACGAGAACUGUACCAUUAUUGUCCGGAUGAUAGUCAGGUUUCUACACCCAAAAAUGAGAAAUUCAAGCUGGACCCAAAACAUCCUAUCGACGUUUAUGAUCUGGCUAGUAGAAUUGAAAUACCGAGAGGUUUUGGGACGUUCGAAGAAAUGGUGAAAACCGAAAAGGAACUCUUUGACAUCACACUCAUCAAUCCAUCUCUGCCAUUUAAUUUUGAAUUGAAAAAAUAA